AGGAACUUUUUGACACUUAUACAAGUGAAUUAAUUUAUUUUUAGAAGAGUUAUUAAGAGUUUCUUAUUUUUAGGCAGCUGAAUUUAAAGUGUGGGGUUCUAGGUUUACAAGGAAAUGGAGUCAAAAGAGCCAGCUGAAAUUCGCAUCAUUCGGAAACACUACGGGAAAGCCAUGCAGUGUUUGAACAAAGGGGUUCAGAAUGAUGAGGUGGGGAAUAAAGCUCAAGCUCUCGUCCUCUAUCGAUUGGGCAAGCAGCAUCUUCUCAUUGGAAUAGCGGUGAACACCCAGGGUGAGCUCUGCGUCGGGCGCAGAUGGGACAUGGCACGACAGACGCAGCAGAGAAUGAACGAGACUCUGAGCAGCAUAACCGCCCGUCUACUGGUGCUGGAGUCCACAUCGACCCCCGGUCAGUGCCUGCAUUCGACCCUGCCUGUCCUACGGUACACCCAGCUACCAACCAACCACAUCUCAAAAGGUUCAGGAGGGGCCCCUGCUCUUCCAGCUUCUCCUACGGUGGGCUUCACUGUACCCAGUGAGCUGCCACCAGCCUACACCCCUCAACCAACAGAUGGGCAUCAGUCACUCUCUCAUGGAGGGAGCAGGUUAUUUAAGCACACUCCAAAUCAGAUACCCCGGCGUAAGGCUUUUAUCCCAGUCAAUCUUAGAGAGGUUGGCAUGGAGAUGUUUUUCUUGCCCAGUGGGGUACAGAUUUUCUUUGUGUCUGCUGAGGGCCAGGUCAGUGCCCCCUCUUAUCCAGGGUACCUGCGAAUAAUCAUAUGCAGCAACCCUGAGAACAGUGCCAGCUAUGCCCCUGCCUACCUACAGGUUUGUGAUUGGAUCUACCCGUUAUACCCAGACUCCCCUGUAUUGCUCAGCAACAGAGGUGUCUUCACAUUUCCUGAUACUACAGCAGCAGUUCCAGGGUCCUACGUCGGGGUGGUUUUGUCGUCAGCGCAUCCUGCAGCAAACAGAACUCUUUUCCAGGAACAGCUGUCAGUGCUGGCACAACUCCGAGUCCAGGUAGAUGAAGGAUCUGGUGGGGCUUCAGGAACAGACAUAAACCUGAGUGAGAAGGUUUCUAUUGGUCCUCCUACAGAAACAACUCAAACACCUGGAGGGGAAGAUAAGACUGUUCCUGUGUGGAGUGAAAAAAUAUCACAGAGCAUUCUAGCAGGGUCUUCCUGGAUGGGUCGGGGGCUUGUGUGGGGAGCUGAAGCUACAGGUAAAGCCAUACAGAGAGGAGCUAUCAAACUUAGAGAAAACAUCACUCCAGAGGAGACUCCAGCAGAGGUCAGCCCCAAGGUUACCAUGGGACUGAAUGCAGCCAAACAAGCUACUGGGGGUGCUGUGAAAGCCAGCCAAUUUCUUGUGGAUGGCGUCGCUGCUGUUGCUGAAAAAGUCGGGAAGGAACUUGCUCCACAUGUGAAAAAACACGGGGGCAAACUUAUCCCAGAGUCCCUCAAGAAAAAAAAAGAUGGAUGCUCCAACAUGGAUGGAGCCAAGCUAGUUGCAGGGAGCAGCAUGCAAGGUUUAUCAACACUCUGGUCAAGUUUGGAGACAGCAGCAAAGACUAUUGGCAAAAGUGUAACUUCAGAAACUGUGACUACAGUGAAGUACAAAUAUAGGGGUCUAGGAAACCUCUUGGACUCCCCAUAGCAACUUAUAAAUGGUGGCGGGUAAAAACUGACUGAUUUUUCUCUGACUAAUCUCUCUGCCAAGUUCUAACCUACCCACAGUGCCUUAUUUUAUUGACCAUUAUUAUAUUGACCAUUCAAAGGUUGCUGAAAAGACGCUUGUUCUUAUUAAUGGUCUGUCAGUGUGUUUUGUGAAUUAAAACUGAGGUGA